AUAUAAAUCUAAAUGGAUUUUUCAAGAGAUUUGAUAAGGUGGUGAAUGAUAAGCGGUACAAAGAGUUACAAGCUGAGUUUAAUGCUAAAGAGAAAUUGCCUACGAUUUUGUGUUAGACAUUACCUAUGUUGCAGCAAGCGGGUAAGGUCUAUACACCUUUGAUGUUUGAAAAUUUUCAGGCAGAAUGGAUGAAAAAUUUAUCCCUGGUUAUCAAGGAACGUAAUGAGAUGGGUCUCUUGCGUGAAUAUGUUGUUGGUUCAUUUGGUGCAAAUGAAUUAGAGUACAAGGUCAUUGGUGGCCCAAGCAAUGACGUGGUUAAUUGUGCUUGUAAUCAUUUUGAGACCGUUGGGAUUUUAUGUUGCCAUGCGUUGAAGGUGCUUGAUAACUUGGACAUAAAGUUAAUUCCUAGUGCUUAUAUUUUGAAGAGAUGGACACAUAAAGCAAGAGAUGGAAUACUAGAGAAGCAUGGUUUAGAUACUCAUGGGAAUGGUGACAUGGAUGCAACCGAUAGAUAUAGAGAGGUGUGUCCCGAGUUUGUUAAGAUAGCAGUCAAGGGCUCACAAACUAUUGAGAGAUAUGAAUUUAUCAAGAAGAUGAUCUUGACCAUAAACAAAUCUCUCGAUCAAAUACCACUUGGAAGUGAGUCUCGGGGAAAUUUGACAGCCUUAAGUGAAGAUACGAGUCUCCUUACAAAAUGUAUGGGCCUCAAGAAGAAAGAUGGACGCAAAGGAGGAAAGCGACAUAAGAAUUGUCUAGAGAAGAAUAAAACAAAAAGAAAGAAGCAAGGAGACCCACCUCAAGCUUCUUCGCAAGCUUCUUCUGCACCUCAAGUUCUUGGAAGUUACAAUAUGCCUCCGGGUUUUUAUAGUAGUCUAUUCGGUAGGUAUGAGGCAUCACAAGAAUUGAAUAUGUCUUCUAUGAUAGCACCGCUUGGUGACGGGUAAUGCACUAUUCUAUUUGCAUUAAGUUAUGUUCAUUUUAUUAUGUACAUUUUAUCAUGCAUGCUAAUUUCUAAUUAAAUUAACUCUUUCUAUUUCUUCUAUUUGACAAUCGGGAUGUUGUAAAAGAUAUUCCGAUACACUUACGUGAAUUGGAAAAGAUCUUCUUCAUCGGUUGGAGUCCACUUGAG